AUGAAGACCUCCAUGGCUGCUCUUGCUGUACUCUUUGUGGCUGUCCUUUGCUACCAGGUCUCCUCUUCUCCAAGUUCUGUCAACUUCUCAGGCCCCUGCUGUGUCACGUACAGCUCCACAGCAUUUCCUGUGAGUCGUGUGGUGAUGUACCAGCACACGGGCAGCCACUGCUUCCAGCCAGCGGUGAUAUUCACCACAGUGGCAGGCAAGCUGGUCUGUGGCAACCCUGCUGACAGGUGGGUCCAGGACAUCGUGAAUCCCCAAAGGGACCAGGCAAGCAGUGGAUGA